AUGGCUGAUAAAUCAAAGAAGAAGGGUUCCAAGAAGGGAGGUAAGAAGGUUGACCCAUUCACCCGUAAGGAGUGGUACAGCGUCAAGGCCCCAACUGCCUACUUUGCCAGAAACCAAAUGAACACUGUUGGUUACACCCCAGUCAACCGUACUCAAGGUACCAAGUUGGCCUCUGAUGGUUUGAAGGGUCGUGUCUUUGAAGUCUGUCUCGCUGAUAUGAAGCAAGACGAGAGCCACGUCUUCCGUAAGAUCAAGUUGAGAGCCGACGACGUCGAAGGUAAGAACGUCUUGACCAACUUCUACGGUAUGGACGUCACCUCUGACAAGUUGCGUUCACUCGUCCACAAGUGGGCCACCUUGAUCGAGUGUUUCGUUGAUGUUAAGACCACCGACGGUUACACCCUCCGUGUCUUUGCCAUCACCUUCACCAAGAAGGCUCAAAAGCAACUCAAGAAGACCUCAUACGCCAAGUCCUCAAAGGUCAAGCUCAUCCGUAAGAAGAUGUUCGACAUCAUCAACUCCAAUGUCACCUCCUCCGAUAUUGGUGGUGUCGUCAACAAGUUCAUCGACCAAACCAUCUCUGCUCAAAUCCAAAAGGAGUGCUCAUACAUCUUCCCACUCACCAACACCUACAUCCGUAAGGUCAAGGUCAUGAAGUCACCAAAAUUCGAAAUCGCCAAGUUGCUCGAGUUGUACCAAAACGCUCCAUCCUCUGCCCCAGCUCCAGUCGUCACUGAGGAAACCGGUGUUGCUGUCGAGAGAACCGAAGAGACAACUGCUUAA